UGGUGGUGAUAGUGAUGGUGAUGAGCUGUUCCUUAGUCAUUCCUCCUGCUGACCAGACGCUGACCAUCAGGCACAGGUCUUGCUUACAUCUCGUCUGUCGUCGCCGUGCACACAACAGGUGUCUGUGCGAGUGUGCGUACGUCUGUUGAAGGGCGGCCGUAGCUCACUCUCCCGCGUUUGUGUCCGUUUUUGCGCCUUGUUUGUGGGACGCCGUGAGUGUAUGUGUGUCACAAGCCUAGCUCGGGUGUGCUGGCCUUUGCUGGCUGUGAAACUAUAUCCUGCGCGAAGCCUUGAUUAGAGCUAUAAUAGGUGUAGUUAAUGGAACACUCGAGAGCGGUCCUCAGCGACUCAAAGUAUUUACGUACAGGUGUCCGGGCUUGCGAGUGCGAUGGGCAGCGUGCGUUGUCUGUGUUGAUGAUUCAGACCUUUUGAUUUUUUGAUGAUUAGCGGUAUCUUUGGGUCACAGGAUGAAUAGACAGGAACGUGUGAUUAGCUUUGCGGUUUGGCGAUAGGAGUGUGUGUUUUUUUCUGCCCGUCUGACCUCUCGGACAUGUAUUUUUAUUGGUGAUUAAUGUCUAUUUGGGUGCUGUGAUACAAGUGAUGGACAUUAUAGGAACGGUUGUUGUGAGACGAGAACGAACCACGAGAGAAAACAUUAUAUAUAUAAAGAUAUAUAUAGAUAAAUAGUAAGACAUAGAUAUAUAUAGAACAAGAAGCCAUAUCCUGUUUUUGUGUGGUACUACCUCUCGAUUAUACUUGCAUAAGUGAAUAUCAUUAAGUGAGUGCGGACAGUUAACUCAACAGAAGUGUCAUUGUCCGUUGAGAAUAAAGUUCAGCAAAAAGGAACAUAAUAAAAAAGGGAAGAACAAAAAAGACCAAGAAGCGUGCCGACAUUCCAUUCAUUGUGUUAUUCAUUUUACAUCGACUUUUACAGCGGCGAUUUGGUGGCCCCGCCGAGCAUGGAAAACAAAAUACACGACAAGGAACAGCUCAGUCUAUACCUGGAGGCCGAGGAGGAGGCUCACGCUUGGUCCAGCAUGUUGAGGGAGACCACAGUGCAUCGGUCGCUCGCGCUCGAAGGACUCAAUUUAGAGUGCGGCGUGGCAGAUUAUCCCUCCCCAGGCGCCGAAGGAGACGUCUCCGGUUGCGAGUCCUUCGACGGCGAGGAGGAGGAGGAGGAGGAGGAGGAAGAAGAGGAAGAGAAAGAGGAAUUUUCCCAGGAACAGUUGGACUCUUUCCUCGAUUUCCUUCACCCUCUUUACUGUGUGGACGAUGACGCAGCGAGCGGCGACUCCUGCGAGACAGAGAGCCAGGAGGACGAGGACUCCGAAGGGCGCGCGAGGGACGCCCCCGACACUCACAUGCCUGGAGGAGUCCGUCUGCGCCACGCCCGUCGCCGCCUCCACCCAAGGGCCUGCGACGACCCGACCCGCAGAGAGCUCCUGCAGCAGAUGUUGGCCACGAAGUCCCUGCUGGAGAAGAAGCAGAAGAACAGGAAGUCAGGUGCUGGUGCUUGGGUCGUGACAGCGGGCGAAGUGGUGAACGAGUACGACCGGGCUCAGCACGAGGCCCAGCAAUCCGCACUCCGGAAAGCCGUGCUACUCCGCCAGAGGAAAAACUCCACGGCGAUAAAGAUGGCGACACUGGAGAGACAGUACCUAUCCUCCAUCAAACGAUCUCAGGAGAGCGGCGUGGAGAUGCAGAUCGAAGCCCUAAGGAACAGGCUCUCCUCCCUCGACUCCCAGCUGAAGGAGAGUGAGCAGAACACGGAGAAAACCCUGCAGGAUCUCGAGGAGAAGAGGAACCAAGAGCUACAUAUCAUCAAGGAUCUGG